CACGACUCAACUCCCCACCUCCCCUCACCACCAUGAAGACGCUCCUCGUCCGCCCCCCCUCGUCCCGCCUCGCCGAAGGCCAAAUCACGCACAUCGCGAAACCCGCGAGUGUAUCAUACACCGCGGCCCUCGCCCAAUGGCAGGCGUACUUGGACAUCUUCCGCGCCGAGGGCUGGGCGGUCGUCCAAGUCCCCGUGGCGGACGACUGUCCGGACUGCGUGUUCGUCGAGGACGCGGUGGUCAUGUUCGGGGACGUGGCGGUGAUCACGGCGCCCGGCACGCCGAGCCGCGCGGCAGAGCCCGUGGCCGUCGAAGCCGCGAUUCGCGCGCGCUUGCCCCACAUCCGCGUGCACAGCAUCACGGGGGACGGCACGCUCGACGGCGGCGACGUGCUCAAGGUCGGCAAGGACGUGUAUGUCGGUCUUGGGGGACGCACGAACGGCGAGGGCAUCAAGCAGCUGCGGCGGAUCGUGCAUGCUGAAGGGUAUACGCUGCACGCUGUGCCGGUGACCAAGGCGCUGCACCUCAAAUCCGCGGUCACUGCCCUCCCGGAUGGCACCGUCAUCGGAUACCUCCCGAUCGUGGACAACCCGCACAUCUUCCCCCGCUUCAUGCCGAUUCCGGAGGAGCACGGCGUCGCCGUCGUCGUGCUCUCCGACGAGCACGUGCUCAUGUCGAGCGACGCGCCCGAGACCGCCGCCCUCCUCCGCCGCAUGGGGUACACGGUCACGACGGCGGGCAUCUCCGAGUUCGAGGCGCUCGAGGGGUGCGUGACGUGUCUGUCGGUGCGUGUGCGGUAGUGAGGUCGGGAUGAAAUGUCUAG